GCACGUGUUUCACUUAAAAGGAUGAACAAAUUUAUGAAUGCGGAUGAGCUGGAUCCCAAUAGUGUUUCAAGAGACUGUAGAGAGAAUAAGCCAAUUGUAAUUGAGAAUGGAACCUUUGCAUGGGGUCAUGGGGAAGAUGAUAGUCAAGCAGUGGUUAAGGGCAUCAAUAUGAGUAUUUCCGAGGGCUCCUUGGUCGCUGUGGUUGGGAGUGUUGGAGCAGGCAAAUCCUCCCUCUGCUCAGCCAUUCUUGGAGAGAUGGAAAAAAAGUCUGGAAGAGUCAAUGUUAAGGGCCACAUUGCAUUUGUGCCUCAACAAGCCUGGAUCCAAAAUGCCACAUUGGAGAAUAAUAUACUUUUCAUGAUGGCAAAGAAAAAGGAUCACUACAAUGCAUGUAUUAAUGCAUGUGCAUUACAGUCAGAUUUGGAAAUGCUUCCUGGAGGUGAUCAAACUGAAAUAGGGGAGAAAGGCAUCAACCUGAGUGGUGGGCAGAAGCAGCGAGUCAGUCUUGCUCGUGCUGUAUAUGCCGAUGCUGACAUCUACCUCCUUGAUGACCCUCUCAGUGCUGUGGACUCUCAUGUGGGCAAGCACAUAUUUGAACAAGUGAUUGGACCUACAGGCCUCUUGAAGAAAAAGACUCGUGUGUUAGUGACCCAUGGGUUGACAUAUCUGCCUCAGGUGGAUAAGAUAAUUGUCUUAAAUAAUGGAAGUAUCACUGAAGAAGGAACCUACAAAGAGUUACUGGAAAGAAAAGGAAAAUUCCAAGAGUUCCUCCUUCAGUAUUUAUCAGAGGCAUCAGAAGAUGAAGCCUUGGAAGAUCUGGAAGGCAUUCGGCUACAGUUGGAGAGUUCUCUGGGAAAAGAGAUAAUAGAGAAGCAACUGUGCCAACAGAAGGAGAGUGAAACCGAAGUCAAUGCAGAGCGGGGCAACAAAGAUGGUCAUCGACGUGGUAGUAAAAAGACAAGUGAAUCAGAGAUGGGAAAGUCGUCUGUGAAUCCCAUAUCAGAAAAGAAGCCUGGAAAUAAAAUUAUUGAUGUGGAGAAGGCUGAGACUGGCAAGGUUGAGUUUAGUGUAUAUUGGUAUUACAUCAAAGCUAUUGGCAUUUUGUCCACCGUGUUGACUCUUUUAUUUCAUAUAAUUUCUCAAGCCUGUACUUUGGGCUCAAAUAUUUGGCUUUCCAUAUGGGCUGAGGAUACCUCCAGUGAUCCAAAAACAAGAGACAUGUACCUAGGGGUCUAUGGAGCUUUAGGUAUUGGACAAGCACUUUUCAUCCUUGGCGGAGCAUUUUCCUUAUCGUUCGGUGCUGUUGAUGCUGCAGCCAAACUGCAUGUGGAUAUUCUUCACAGUGUCAUGCAUUUGCCAAUGCACUUCUUUGAUACCAAUCCUAUUGGGCGUUUGAUUAAUAGAUUUGGCAAGGAUGUUGACACUUUGGAUAAUGUUUUACCUUGGAGUCUUCGCUCAUGGUUAUUAUGCUUCUUCACGGUGGCGUCGACAUUCUUGGCAAUAAUUUACUCUACUCCCAUCUUUGUUGUGGUUAUGGUGCCAACCAUAAUAAUCUACUACCUUGUGCAAGUUUUGUAUGUGACCACAUCGAGACAGCUUAAGCGGAUUGAGUCUGUUUCACGUUCUCCCAUCUACUCUCAUUUCCAGGAGAGCAUACAAGGGGCCUCCACUAUCCGGGCAUACAGCAAGGAGCAAGAGUUUAUAUUAGAAUCUGAAAAGAAAGUUGACUUGAAUCAAGUUUGUUAUUUCCCAAGUGUCAUGGCUAACAGAUGGUUAGCAGUUCGCCUGGAGACCAUUGGCAACAUAUUGACAUUUUCCGCAGCUUUAUUUGCUGUCAUGGGCCGAGGUAGAAUCAGCGGUGGAAUAGUAGGAUUGUCUGUCAGCUAUGCACUUUCCGUAACACAAACUCUAAACUGGCUGGUUCGUAUGUCGUCUGAUGUAGAGACCAACAUAGUAGCUGUAGAGCGCAUCAAAGAAUACUCAGAGACUCCACAGGAAGCACCUUGGGAAAUACCCAGUAAUAAACCUCACCAGGAAUGGCCUGAAGCUGGAGUUGUGGAAUUCAACAAGUAUUCUACCAGAUAUCGCGAAGGGCUUGAUUUGGUGGUGAGAGACAUUAAUUGUAAAAUAACAAAAGGUGAAAAGAUUGGAAUUGUUGGCAGAACAGGUGCUGGUAAGUCAUCAUUGACUCUAGCUUUGUUCCGGAUCAUAGAAGCAGCUGGAGGUAACAUUGUCAUUGACAAUGUCAAUAUUUCUAAGAUAGGCCUUCAUGAUUUACGCUCGCGGCUGACUAUAAUUCCUCAGGAUCCUGUGCUGUUUAGUGGGACACUGCAGAUGAAUCUUGAUCCCUUUCAUAAAUAUGAUGAUGCUAAAGUGUGGUCAGCACUGGAACAAUCCCACCUUAAAGAAUUUGUAUCUGGUCUACCAAAUGGUCUUCAGCACCAAGUAUCAGAAGGUGGUGAAAACCUCAGUGUUGGUCAGAGACAGUUAGUCUGUCUUGCUCGAGCUAUUCUACGUAAAACACGUGUUCUGGUCUUGGAUGAAGCCACAGCUGCAGUUGACUUGGAGACUGAUGAUCUCAUUCAGCAGACCAUACGACGAGAGUUUGCCAGUUGUACUGUCAUUACCAUUGCCCACAGACUCAACACUAUUAUGGACUCAACAAGGAUUGUAGUGCUGGACAGAGGAGAGAUAAAAGAAUUUGACACCCCUGCAACCCUCCUAAAUAAUAAGAAUUCGAUCUUCUAUGGGUUGGCCAAAGAUGCUGGUCUUGUUUGAUAAUACAUACCUUACAUAGCUACACAAUGAGUCUGAUAUAUAUAAAUUCAGUGUUGAAUAUUGUACUUAUUAUGAAAUGCAAUACUUUCCUGUAUAAUACAAAUUAACAGGCAUGGUUUCAGAAUUAAAAUGAAAAGAUGUGUUUACUAAUUUUCAUCAUUACACUGAAGCCUUUUUGUCAUCCAUGCUUCUUCAUAAUGAAGUCUAGAUACUCAGAUGAGUUGGACAUGCAUUUUUGCAUACAUGAUCCAUUUCAUUUCACACUAUACAUAAAACAGACUGAAAAAAUAGAUUACAGUAGUCUAUCAUAAAUUUAAUGAAAUGUUUUUUUAGUAAUUGUUUUUACCGGGAAGACUCUCUCCAGGAAAGCUAUAAUCGUAAUUUAUGCAAGAUUGCUUACUUAGCUUUGUAAUUCAGACUUUGCAGAAAUAAAUUUCAAGUGGAAGAGAAAGUCAUUAGUGAAAACAGUGAUACCAUUACACACUAUAGGUAUUUUUCUGCCUUUGUCAAUACUUUUGGAUUACUUGAGCCUGUUAAUUAAUGGCUGUAAACUGAGCAUACGACAGGUGAAUCUCAAGGUGCUUAGAUAAUUAAACAUUUCUUCAUUAGAGAAACAUACAAGAAAUGAUGCUUUUGAAUGGAAAUAUUUACUUUGUUUUAACUAAGAAUAAUUUCUUUAGAAGUCAUGUAGAUUUUUAGUUAUUGUUCAUACCUUUCUUACCAAUUUUUUAUUUUAUUAACACAUCGGCCAUUUCCCACCAAGGCAGGGUGGCCCAAAAAAGAGAAACUUUCAUCAUUCACUCCAUCACUGUCUUGCCACAGGCAUGCCUACACUACAGUUAUAAAACUGCAACAUUAACACCCCUCUUUCAGAGUGCAGACACUGUACUUCCCAUCUCCAGGACUCAAGUCUGGCCUGCCAGUUUCCCUGAACCCCUUCAUAAAUGUUACCUUGCUUACACUCCAACAGCACAUCAAGACCUGAAAACCAUUUGUCUCUAUUCACUCCUGUCUAACACACUAACGCACGCUUGCUGGAAGUCCAAGCCCCUCGCACGCAAAACCUCCUUUACUCCCUCCCUCCACCCUUUCCUAGGCUGACCCCUACCCCUUCCCUCCACUACAGAAUUUUAUAAUCUUGAAGUCAUUCUAUUUCAUUCCAUCUUCUCUACAUGUCCAAACCAUCUCAGUAACCCCUCCUCAGCUCUCUGGAUAAUAGUUUUGGUAAUCCCACACCUCCUCCUAAUCUCCAAACUGUGGAUUCUCUGCAUUAUAUUCACACCACACAUUGCCCUCAGACAUGACAUCGCUGCCUUCAGCCUUCUCCUUGCUGCAACAUUCUUAUCAAUAGUUUGGUUAAUUUAAUUUUUUUUAAUAAAUUAUUAAUUGGGCAACAAACUUCAUAACAUCACCCUAAUCUCACCCUAAUCUUAAUGACAAAUGACUUAGCAAGCCUAACCAGCCUGGCUAAAAAAAAAGCAGCUCAUUCCAGCCUGGCAGAAUUCCAUGCAAUCUUGGGACAAAGUUGCACUAAAUUGUAUGUGAGAACAUGUGAUGCACAUUUUGUACCAUGCUUCAGAGCUGUUGUUAUGUUCUACUUCAGCUAUCAUAAGUUUUAAAUGGGAAUCAGGUGAUAAAGAUUGCAGUGGUGUGUAGACUAAGAGCAAGAGCAUUUGUUUAGACAAAUAGUUAGCUCACUAUUCACUGAUUCAGGCCAGAAACCACGUACGGCAAUGCUACUGUCAUUAUACUACUGUGAUUCUUGUCUCUUGCUGGACUUGCUUUAUGUUGCCUUAGUGCAUCAAGUACAGUAUAUUGUUUUAAUGGUAUUAAUACUGAAAUUCAAUGAAAGGAAGUUAAAAAAUUGUCUUGGAGUCCAAAAAAUCUCAAGCCUAAUUCCAGAAAAUUCUUUGAUUUUGCUAGUACCAAGCUGAAAAUUCCCUUAACAUAUCAGCUUAAGUAUCAGCUUGAUGUAAUAUUAAAAUUUCAUGAAGUCUUAAAGAAGUGAUAAGAUACAGUACUAGUUUUGGGGAAUAGGUUGACUUGGUUGAUGUGGAACUUGAAGAUGAGUUACCUGUUAAACAUACAGAUUGCAAGGAAGUGUAAACUAGUGUGGGGUCAUUUGAAUUAUAAUAUCCAUGUGCUUCUUGUAAGAAAGCUAUUUCAGUGAGCAAUGUGAUUGUUGCCUUCUUUUGAUCACACUAUUAUAAUAGGUAAUGAUUGUUGUUAAAAAAAAGUACAAGUUACAAGGGAACCAUGAAAUGAUUGCUGUCCAUUUGACCACUGAGAUGUUGCAUAGUUUUAAAGGCAGUAUAGUAUAUACUUAUCAAACAUGUCAUUUCUACUUGCCUCUGAGGUACUGUAAGUGUUGCACUGUUUCUGUUAUUAUUACUGGUGGUGUACCUAGAUUCUCAUGAGGAAUUUCACUUUAUGGUUAUUGUAAACUCGUUAGGACAGUUAUUAAAUGUGUAACCAAUGAUAGGGGUUUACUCUGGAGUGACAAUUACUACUGUUCUAACAUUAUGGUAUGUGUGUGUCACUCAGGGUAUGAAACCAAGAGUGAUGCAUCAUCAAAUGUAGUACCAUGUUAUGCAAGUGUCAUUGAGGUGCAGAAUACUUAGUAAGAAAAAGACAUUGCCUCUUUGAACAUUGUCCUGCUAAAGGUUUUCUGUACCUGUUACAUAAAUUUUAGAUUGUAGAAAAUCCUUUAUCAUUAAUAUAAAAUAGUGAUAAUAAACGAAUCCAAAUUUA